AUGUCGUCGUCAUCGUUGAUGUUCGCAGCGGACAGGUCUGGGUGUUUGUGCGUCGUGAUCGCGUCGCUGCUGUUGCUGCAUACGACGUGCUUGCAGGUCGCCGGUGCAGCCGUCGUCCCGUUGGCCGUGGUCAAGGCGGCGUCCCAGUGCUCGGCCGCCCCGGACACCGUCGAUUGUCUAAUGCACGCCGCGGCCGCCGGCGUCGACGCCCUGGCCCGGUCCGCAGAUCCCGUCGACCUGGUUCCCGGUUGCGUGACACUCGUCAAGAACGCCGCCGGUGAAUCUGACCCGGCGCCACAGCCAUCGCCAUCACCACCAACACCGCAGGCGGCCACUGACAUCGACGCCACUUCUGCGCCGGUCGGGGGUGAAUCUGCGCUUGUCGACUCGUUAACGGCGUUCGUCAAGUCCCGCGCCAUCAGUGUCCGGGCGCCCGCCCACUUGUUGGAAUCGCUCAAGAGCACCCUCAUCGAAGCAAGGGGCAAGAAAGACAAGUAUGCGGGACCGCUGCUCAUGGGCGCCAUGAUGGUGGCUGGCACGCUGUUGCCGAUCAAGCUGGGCGCGUUGGCUAUGAUGAGUGGCAAGGCGCUGAUGACCAGCAUGCUCGCGCUCAUGCUGUCCGCCAUACUGGCGCUGAAGAAACUGGCGUCGGGCGGCGGCAGCCACAGCGGCACAACGUACGAGGUGAUCAACGUGCCGUCGCAGGGUGGCCACGGCCCGCACGGCCGUUCGCUGAGGGCCCACGCCAUGGCUUACGGCCCACCACCGCCCGCGGAAACCCCCCCGACGCCCACUCCAUCGGCUGAAGGGCUAUAA